CCAAUUAAUGGUACCACUGGAAUCUUAUCGAUUACCAAAAAUGGAAGUCUUGUUAUUACUGCGGGUGGUUUCCCAAUCAUCUGGUUAUUUGUUUCGACGAAACAAGCUACUAAUCCAAUAGCCCAUUUAUUGGAUACUGGUAAUUUUGUUGUUGCUGACGACACUGAUUCUAACAGCAUAGCAUGGCAGGGCUUUGACUAUCCAACUGAUACUUUGAUCCCGGGCGUGAAGGUCGAAUGGGAUGCUAAAAGUGGUCUGAAUCGCAACCUCACUGGAUGGUCAAGUUCUACAGAUCCGUCACCUGGAAUAUACACAUUAGCAGUCGACCUCCAUGGUGAUCCUCAAUUGAUAUUUUUGGCUGGUUCUGUCCGAGAGUGGAGGUCUGGUCCCUGGAUUGGAAGAAUACCAUUCUAUGACAACGAUUCCAUGGACUCAUUUUCAUUCACUUUCAUUAACAACAAGAACGAGGUUACUUACACGGCUGAUAUGGUGAACAAUGCUACGCUGACUAGGUUGGUGGUGAAUCCAUCUGGGCUCAUACAAAGAUUAGUAUUGCUUGAUUCUGGUGAAUGGGGUCAGUAUCGGUAUUUACCAGCGACCCAGUGUGACCUGUUUGGUGUAUGUGGGCCCAACAGCCUGUGCUACAUUGAUACCUUACGAGCUUGCAGUUGCUUGCCGGGGUUUGAGCCCAAGGCGCCGUAUGACUGGGCCUUAAAGGGCUUUACUGGUGGGUGCAUUAGGAAGACAUCAUUAGACUGUAGGAAUGGAACUGAUGGAUUUGUGCCAGUGCAAAGGACAGUUUUACCUGAUACGGUGCAGGCAACGGUGGACAUGAGUAUGAGCUUCGAUGAAUGUAGGGCAGAAUGCUUGAGGAAUUGUUCUUGCACAGGUUUUGCUAGUGCUGAUAUCCAGGGGUGUAUUAUCUGGACUAGUAACCUUAUGGACGUGCAAAUGUACAACAUGGGUGGACAGGAGUUCUACCUGCGGUUGGCAGCAGCAGAUGUAGAAUCAAUAUCAAGCCAAUCUCAUAAACGGGGGCACACAAUCUCAGCUGUCGUGCUGAGUGUAGUCCUGGCGAUACUAAUACUUGCCUGUAUUAUUUUCUAUACAUUGAGGAAUAAGAAAAGAAGUAGAGGUACUUCUGUUAAUGAAAAUGCUGAAGAAAGUACUAGAGAAGAUAGCAUGGAGCUGCCUCUGUUUCAUUUUGAUAACAUAGAGAGAGCAACCAACAAUUUCUCCGAUGAUAAUAAGAUUGGAGAAGGUGGAUUUGGUCCUGUUUACAAGGGAAAGUUGGGACAUGAAAUAGCUGUAAAGAGACUCUCGAAGGCUUCCGUACAAGGUCUGGAAGAGCUAAAGGCUGAGAUAGCGCUAGCGGCAAAGCUUCAGCAUCGAAAUCUGGUUAGGCUUCUGGGAUGUUGCACUCAAGGGGAUGAAAGGAUGUUAGUCUACGAGUACAUGCCAAACAAGAGUUUAGAUGCCUUCCUGUUUGGCUUGGAAUUUUUGGAAGAAAGGUGAAGGCUUGCAAGUAGUUGAUGCAUCCUUGGAUUGCUCAAUUGGUACCGCUGAUGUUUUAAGAUGUAUGAAAGUUGGAUUGCUAUGCGUUCAGGAGAGCCCUGAGGACAGACCAACAAUGUCGUCUGUUGUU